AGUCUUGCAUCUUCCCUCUGCAUCUGGUUUUCUCUCUGCUAAAUACGAUGGCCACGGCCUGGCUCUGAAGUUCGUGACCUUUCACGAGCCUCGGGGUUCUGCUGCAGGUUGUUCAAGAAUUGCAUCCCUCCUGCAUUUCACUCGGAUGCGUUUCGUUGCUGGUUUUGCUGAUCAGAACAGCUUAUCCCGAUGCCGAGUGGUCUGUUUCUGGUUCUUGAUUCAAACGGCGUACAAACAAACGAGCCGUAUCCCGUCAUAAAGAAAAAGAGAAACUUCUGCCUGUGUGCUCUCACCGCAGCAGGGAAAAAGACUCUUCUUGCUUCUAUUUACUGAUGUUAAAGUUAUUAGGCCGCAUAUUCGUGUAAGCAAAAUUAACUUAAAAAGAUGCCUUGCUUUUUUCCUCCUUCCAGCCCUCCAUUCUAGAUUCAAAAUGACUGUCAAAGCUGUAAAGAUGUCGUGCACCGCUUCAAACGUUUAUACUAAAGUGCCUGACGGAGGAUGGGGUUGGACUGUUGCUUUUGCUUUCUUCUUCGUGGAAGCACUUACGUAUGGCAUCUUAAAAUCAUUUGGAGUCUUCUUUAAUGACCUGAUGGAAAGUUUUGAUGAAACCAACAGCAGAAUAUCCUGGAUAAUCUCCAUAUGCGUAUUUGUGCAGACCUUUACAGCUCCCUUGUCAACAAUACUAAGCAAUCGCUUUGGUCACCGUCUGGUGGUGAUGGCUGGAGGGAUACUGGUCAGUGCCGGAAUGAUCACCGCCUCCUUUGCACACUCGGUUGUUGAAAUGUAUAUCACCAUUGGCGUAAUCUCUGGCUUGGGAUACUGCCUCUCCUUUCUCCCGACUGUCACCAUUUUGUCACAGUAUUUUGAAAAAAGACGUUCACUGGUCACUGCAGUGGCAUCUACAGGAGAAUGUUUUGCUGUCUUCUCUUUUGCACCAGCUAUUACUGCCUUGAAAGAGCAGAUUGGUUGGAGGUACAGUCUCCUAUUUGUUGGUAUGCUACAGUUAAACAUUGUCAUCUGUGGAUCGCUGCUGCGACCUAUUAUAAUCAAAGCGCAAGAAGUAGCAAAAGUAUUGCCAAUAGAAGAGCAAACGGAAACAAAGUACAUGCUUGAAAACGAGCAAACAUGCACCUCAAUAGAGUCCUUCGACUCAGGAGUAGAAGUAACUACCUCACCUUGCAACGUGCCUGGAAAUGCCAAAACGGAGCUGAAAAGUAAAGAACCAAAGGAAACGGUCCAGAUGCUUGUCGACGCUAGCAGCUCCCCUGAAGAACCAAAAACCAAACUACAGCUACUGGACUUUUCCGUGAUGAAAGACUGUAGCUUUAUUUGUUACGCACUCUUCGGUCUCUUUGCCACUCUGGGCUUCUUUGCCCCCUCGCUGUACAUCAUUCCUCUUGGUCUCAGCCUUGGCAUUGACAAGGACCAUUCAGCCUAUAUAUUAUCUGCCAUGGCCAUUGCCGAAGUCUUUGGAAGAAUUGGUGCUGGCUGGGUCCUCAACAAAAAGCCUAUCCGCAAGAUUUACAUUGAACUCAUCUGUGUCAUUCUGCUGUCCAUUGCUCUGUUGGCAUUCCCAUUUGCCUAUGAAUUCUGGGGACUGAUGAUGUGUAGCAUUUUUUUCGGGUUCAUGCUUGGGACCGUAGCAGGCACACACAUUCCUCUGUUAGCCGAAGAUGAUGUAGCUGGCAUUGAGAAGAUGUCUUCUGCAGCAGGAGUGUAUGUGUUUAUUCAGAGCUUAUCUGGGUUGGCUGGACCACCCCUGGCAGGUGUACUAGUGGACACAACGCAGAACUACAGGUCAGCUUUCUAUUCCUGCGCUGCUGGCAUGAUCCUCGGUAGUGUGUUCCUGGCCUUUGUCAGACCAUGCAAAACAGGACUGUGUCAAAAUCGGAAGCUGAACUUGGAGGAAAACACGUCAGAAGCUCCAGUAAAUUUACCAGAUGACUUUAUUGAAACAGAUAUUGGGAAAGUAGAUGAUUCAGGAAAAGGCUCUGAAAGCAUGGCCUAAAAAAAAAAAAAAAAAAGCUGUCCUCCUUAACCUCCUAGAUGCUGUGUAAGACCGGGAAGGGAAAUGGAGUCAGCUCCACUCCAUAUUUUAAAAUUCCACUCUAAAGGGAAUGCAAAGUUUUAAGUGUGAACAGUUGCUACCAACAUUUUCUUUAUACCACCCCUCCCUUUUUUUUUUAAUUGCUUUUGAUAUAUUUUUUUAAUACCUAGCAAUGGCAGUUCCAUUUGAAAUAUGGCCAUGUGCUGCAAGCCAUGGAAGAAUAUUUCUGUCCAGCAUGAAGAUAAGUCUGCUUUCUUAAUAGUACCUAACGGUUCUAUUGAUCAAGUAAAAGACUUUCAUAAGGACCUUAUGAAAGUAAAAAAUGGCUCAUACAACUCUACUAACUAGCUCACAGUCUUUGUUUGCCUGCAAGCAUCUUGAACGACAAUCCCAAUUCAAUCAACAAAGUAGAUAUGCUGAAGUAGAGACAGUAACUAAACACGUAACUUGAACUUUUGGGGUUUUCUACCUAAAGAAUAUGGAUUCUAGUUUUUAGAUUUCUUUUUUUGGAUGGUUCAAGGGGUGGGGAAGGGGAUAGACUGAAUAGCUGAUUUAUGACAUUGUUAAUGGUGGGGUUCUGGGUCUUUUUUUUUAAUUAACUUGAACUCCAUCAAUGCUGGGAAGUUGGAGAUUAUCACUUUUUUUUUUUUUUUUUUAAUGGCCAGUUAUUGCUGCAGAGAGAGAGUUGGGGCGGGGGGGAUUUUUUUCUCUCCAUACAAGCGUCCUUGGAAAUGUUUCCUGUUAGAUCAGAUAUAUUGUCUUUUAAUUUAAACUAGUAUUUAUUUUAAAUUAUUUGGAGGUUGUUAAAAGCUGUCAAAUAAUUUUGUAUUGGAGAAGAAAAAUAAUCCUGUGGCUUAGCAAAAAAGCCAUUUUACCUCUUCGUACCAAUUCUUUCAAUGCCUAUCACAAACUUAAUUUCUUUCCGUCUUUCUUUUUUGUUUUAAGCCUAGGUUGUAGUGACUGCUGUCUGUUUUUAAUAGAUAAGCCUUACACAACCCAUGCUCUUUGAGAGAGGGGAAAAAAAGAGAGAACAACUGCUGGAUAGCAACUUGCAUAUUCAGUGCAUCUUUCCGUAGGUUGUGGGUUUCAGGUCCUCAGGUACUGUAAACUGACAGCUCUGACCUAGGUAGAAUUACAAUAGCUGAGGAUCUGGUCCUGUAUGUUUAGUAUCUAAACCUAUUUGCAAAUUUUUCAAUUACUGCUGCACACAAAUCCCUGCAGCACUACUGAAUUCACACCAAUAAAAAUCGCUGCAGCUAACAUGAGGCAGCAAAGGCACUUGUCCUCACAGGUUGCAAAUAACAGCUUACAUCCUUUAUAAUAUGAAGGAUGUUUUCUUAAGCUACUAUAGGCAUCGAAUAACUGGUCUUAAAUGCAAAGACAAUUGUCAGUCUCUUAUUCCUACUGAACUCAUUGAGUAUUUUACUAUUUAGUUUUGUGAGCACAAAGUUGGGCUCUUUGUGCAUUUCCCAAUUUAGCCUGAUUACGUGUAAAGAAGGGAACUGUAAAAGACAGCAUACUGGCUGUUCAUUCACUUUAUUUUUAGUUGAUUCCUACUCCAGGGGCGCAUCAACAGGUCACCCUAUGACAACGUAGUGAUGUGCCAUGCCGCUGUAUGCUGUGCUACAGCAACGUAGCAACCACGUGAUUGCCAGCUAUGUCACCGUAGCGGCAUGCUUCCCGGAUACAGUGUACCCCUAUGGUGACGUAGCGGGAAAAUCUAAGCAUGCACCACCCAUACUACGCCAUGCUUUAGUAUGAAGCAACGUCGCUGUACACUGAUGUGUAGAUGCGCCCAUGGUGACACAAGCUUUCUUGCCCCAUCUUUAUGCAUCUCUAUGCCACUAAGCAACUCAGGGGGACAAAAAAAGUCUGUUUUGGUUGUGAGUACACACACCUUGAAAAAUAUUUCUGUGUUUUAAAUGGAAGUGGCAUUGUCCAUUAACCGCUAUGUUACCAUGUCUGUGUAUUUUACCAGCCAUAGAAAUGUGGGACAAUCUGUAAAUUCUCUUUUUGGGAAGGUGCUUUUGGGUUUUUUAAAUUGUCUUAGAUGUCCAAAAAGAAACAGGCACUCCUGCAACAAGUGGCUAUUGCAAUUCCUUGUCACUGCCUGAGAACUAUCAUGAUCAUGCUGCAGCUCUGUGUCCUUUAUAUGCCUUCAGCACUUUAUCAUACACAGCAGAACCUCGCUAAGUUGCACCAAUGACUGGAAGACCCAUUGUAGGUUGCUAGAUUUUUUUUGUGAAUAACUAAAGAACAAAUAUGGCAACAAACAUGUACUUAUUUAUUUUUUUAAGUGUAGCUAAUUUUAAAUUAUGAUACUUCAAGCAUGCUGGUCAGUGUUCUGUAGAAUAACUAUAAAAAUUAAUGAAGUCUUAAUAAUAAGAGACCUCACUACAGCACUUUGCUUAGAAGUGGACGAGGCUGCAGGUUCUUUGUAUGAGUGUGUGUACGUUACCUGUUCUGCAGAUUAACGAGGUUCUACUGUCUCUUUUUAUGAGGAUUUCCAAUACAGAUUAAAUGUGUGCGACUGACUGCACAGGGAGGUUCCAGUUUCUGUACAUACAGUAAUAGCAAGAGCAGGCGAGCGUAUGAGUGUGUGUGCACGCACAAAAGACCCAGAAGCAGGCUUUAAUGUGUUCAAAACAGGAUUUGCUAGUUUGUUCUGUAAUAUAUUUCGUGAACUCCUGGAAGUGUCACAAAACACUGAGUUUUGCAAUAAAUUUUUUUUCAUAAAAAACUUCUCAGAUCUCGUGAGAUUUUUUUUUUCCCCCCACCCCAAACCAGUGUGGCAUCUAGUUGGCAAAAAAACCAAAACCACGAUACACCUUUUAGUUAUGACUGAAAGCCUUGAUUGUCAGAACUCCCUUUUCAGAAGGGUUUUCAGUGAUUGAUCUUCCUUGCACACCGCUUUCCCACACUCAAGUAUCAUGUUGCCAUUCCUGGAAUGAGCAACCAUGAGCUCUCUUACAGUAACUACCUGCGUGCUGGCAGAUUAACGCUGCCCAUAAAUGAACACUGGUAGUCUGAG